GGCAUUUUCCAACCAACCACCCCACCUACCAUACGCUCCAAACAAACCACUACUGUCACCAUCUCAUCCUCAACAGAUACCAAACCGAGCCCCCCCCCCCAAUAAUAAUAAUAAAAGCAAGCCCAGAACACCAUGAGCGAACCAACACCCGAAGAGGUCCUCACAGAAAAAUUCCCCAAGCUAGGUCUCGGCGAAAAGCCACUGAAGGAAGCACUGAAAAAUAAAAAGUUAACAACAGCCUGGGCCCAAGUCCUGAGCAACAUUGAUCUUCCCGUCGAUGCAAAGGUCGGGGCGUUGCUGUCUGCUGUCGUUACGGCUAUGAAGGAUGUUGGUGGGGACGACGGGAAGAGGGCGUUUGUCGUGGAUGCGGUGCUCAGCAGGAAGUUAAAGACCAAUCCGCAGAUUGAGGCUGCCGUUAAAUAUAUUAAGGGGAAGAAGGGAGAUGUGCAUGUUGCGGAGUUUGAUAAGGAGUGCGGUGUCGGAGUGGAAUUUACCUCUGAGAAAAUUGAGCAGGAGGUCAGGGCUUACAUCGAAGAGCACAAGAGCACUAUUCUUGAGCAGCGGUAUAAAGCGUUUACUCCGACACUGGUAACCUUGAAAACUUCUACGGAUCUGAAAUGGGCUCCCCCUGCCGACCUCAAGAAGGAGGUCGACGCUCAACUUGCUGCUCUGCUUGGGCCUAAGGAUGAGCGCGAUGCACCACCCAAGAAACAGCCAAAGGCGCCUGCGGCUGCUGGCGCUAAGCAAGUUAAGGUGGAGAAUGAAGAUAUUAGCAAGAAUAGGAUGUUCGAAGAGGGAUUCUUGGCCGGUUUGCACAGGCCCGGUGGGAAUGAGCAGAUAGUCCCGACGAAUAUGGAGGCGCAUUUGAAGGCUACUGGAGGUAGACCAAAUGGAUACCUGCACAUUGGUCAUAGCAAAGCUAUCACUAUCAACUUUGGGUUUGCAAGGUAUCAUGGAGGGGAGUGCUAUCUCCGCUAUGAUGAUACUAACCCGGAGGCCGAGGAGGAACGCUAUUUCACUGCUAUUCGCGAGAUUGUUGAGUGGUUGGGAUUUCAGCCUUACAGGAUUACUUAUGCAAGUGAUCACUUUCAGAGACUCUAUGAGUUGGCGGAGGACUUGAUCAAGCGUGGCAAGGGCUAUAUUUGUCAUUGUACGGCUGAAGAAGUCAACCUUCAGAGAGGUGGCAAGGACAAUGGUGGGAAGAGAUUUGAAUGCAAACAUAGGAACAGACCUAUCGAGGAGAGCUUGCAGGAAUUUAGAAAUAUGAGGGGCGGGAAAUAUAAGCCUAAGGAGGCAAUGUUGAGGAUGAAGCAGAAUAUUCUUGGUUCGGGGAACCCACAGAUGUGGGAUUUGACCGCGUAUAGGGUCUUGGAUGGCGCUCCGCAUCACCGCACAGGUAGCGAGUGGAAUAUUUAUCCUACCUAUGACUUCACCCACUGCCUGUGCGAUUCCUUCGAAAAUAUCUCCCACUCGCUUUGUACUACGGAGUUCAUUAACUCGAGGGAGUCCUACGACUGGCUUUGCGACGCUUUGGGAAUUUAUAGGCCGCAGCAGAGAGAGUAUGGCCGUCUAAAUUUGACUGGUACUAUCAUGAGUAAGAGAAAGAUCGCCAAACUGGUUUCUGGAGGUUAUGUCCGUGGAUGGGAUGAUCCCAGACUCUACACUCUUGUCGCCAUUAGACGUCGUGGAAUCCCCCCUGGGGCAAUUCUUGCAUUCGUCAAUGAAUUGGGAGUCACUACUGCCCACAGCUAUGUCCAGAUUAAGCGAUUUGAGCAGACAGUACGUCGCUAUCUAGAAGAGACAGUUCCCCGUUUGAUGAUGAUCCUUGACCCAAUUCCCAUCAUCAUUGAGAAUCUCCCAGAAGACCAUCUUGAGGAGUUCUCCGUCCCAUUCAUGCCUAAUGACUCUAAGCUCGGAGAGCACUUGGUCCCCUUCACCCGCAAAGUGUACAUCGACCGCUCCGACUUCCGUGAGGAAGAUUCUGCCGACUACUUCCGUCUCGCACCGGGCAAAUCUGUCGGGCUCCUCAAAGUUCCAUUCACGAUUCGUGCGACAUCUUACACCAAGGACAAGGCUGGUAACGUCACCGAAGUCCGUGCGGAAUACGAAAACACCGGGAAAUUCAAGAAGCCAAAGACAUACAUCCAGUGGGUGUGCGAUGCUCCCAGUAAGGGCUCUCCAGUUCGCGUUGAGGCACGCCUCACAAAUCAGCUCUUCAAGUCCGAGAACCCUGAGGAUAAUCCAGACAGUUAUCUUGCGGAUAUCAAUCCUGACAGCGAACACGUUUACAAAGAUGCCAUCAUUGAAACAGGAAUUCACGAGGUUCACCGUCGUGCACCAUGGCCUGAGUUGGAGGGAGAGAAAAACUCCAAUCGGGCUGGACCCGAAUCCUGUAGGUUCCAGGCGCUCCGCGUCGGGUACUUUGCGCUUGAUAGCGAUUCUACCGAUGAUAGAUUUGUGCUCAAUAGAAUUGUUACAUUGAAGGAGGAUGCAGGUAAGAGUGCCUAAGUGGGCUGGUUUUUCUUUGCUUUUGGUUCUGGUUUUCUCUAUAGCUAGGCGGAUGCUUUUCUUCCUCUCUGGCUAGUCGAGGCGUCUCUCAAUUGAUCCUGUUAGAGGCGGUUUAAUCGUUUCAUUUUCCAUUUUUUUUUCCAAUCUCUUCUCUCCUAUUUACAGCGGGUAUAACGCUCUUACAGAUAUAUCGGCUAUUCUUGUAGAUUUCUUAUGAUAGGCUGGUAGCGUAUGAAAUGAUAUCAUGACAAGAAUACAUAGACACUCAUGAGGUGUCACUCGAA